GGCCGGCAGGCAGCAGCGAAUGGGCGCGCGGCCCCCGCGGGAAGGAGCGGGGCGGGGGCAGGGGGCGGAGGGAGGAGAGGGGGAAAGGGGGCAGGAGAAAAAAGCUUUUCCAAAAAAGUAUUGGCUGUCUCGAGGAAUGCGGUCGCCCCCUUGGGAAAGUACAUAUCUGGGAGCAGCAGGCGGCUCCGCGCUCGCACUUCGGCUCGGCCGCCCCACCGCGCACUCGCCUCUCCGCUCCCGCCGCAGCCGCAGGGCCCCUCGCCGCCGCCACCAUGGACGCCAUCAAGAAGAAGAUGCAGAUGCUGAAGCUCGACAAGGAGAACGCCUUGGAUCGAGCCGAGCAGGCGGAGGCCGAUAAGAAGGCGGCGGAGGACAGGAGCAAGCAGCUGGAGGACGACAUCGCGGCGAAGGAGAAGCUGCUGCGGGCGUCGGAGGACGAGCGGGACCGGGUGCUGGAGGAGCUGCACAAGGCGGAGGACAGCCUCCUGGCCGCGGAUGAGGCCGCCGCCAAGGCUGAAGCCGAUGUAGCUUCUCUGAACAGACGCAUCCAGCUGGUUGAGGAAGAGUUGGAUCGUGCCCAGGAGCGACUGGCAACAGCUUUGCAGAAGCUGGAGGAGGCCGAGAAGGCAGCAGAUGAGAGUGAGAGAGGCAUGAAAGUCAUUGAAAGUCGAGCCCAAAAGGAUGAGGAGAAAAUGGAAAUUCAGGAGAUCCAACUGAAAGAGGCCAAGCACAUUGCUGAAGAUGCCGACCGCAAGUAUGAAGAGGUGGCCCGUAAGCUGGUCAUCAUUGAGAGUGACCUGGAACGUGCGGAGGAGCGGGCUGAGCUCUCAGAAAGCAAAUGUGCCGAGCUUGAAGAAGAAUUGAAAACUGUGACGAACAACUUGAAGUCACUGGAGGCUCAGGCUGAGAAGUACUCGCAGAAGGAAGACAAAUAUGAGGAAGAGAUCAAGGUCCUUUCUGACAAGCUGAAGGAGGCUGAGACUCGGGCUGAGUUUGCGGAGAGGUCAGUAACUAAAUUGGAGAAAAGCAUUGAUGACUUAGAAGAGAAAGUGGCUCAUGCCAAAGAAGAAAACCUUAGUAUGCACCAGAUGCUGGAUCAGACUUUACUGGAGUUAAACAACAUGUGAACCCUCCUUAGCUGCGACCACACUCUUUCAUGUCGUUUUGUUGUUGUUUUGUUUUGUUUUGUUUUGUUUUGUUUGUUUUGAAACACCACGCUUACCAUGAAACCCCUUAAACGCAUUUUUAUUUACUUUUACACUGUCACAGAAACAUCCACAAGAUACCAGCUAGGUCAGGGGGUGGGGAAAACACACACACAUACACACAGACAAGGGGAGCCCAUGGCAGGGCCGUAAUGACUUAAAUGUGCCAUUUCCCGGGUUGACGUUGCCACACUUAGUAGAGAGUUUUGCAACACAGUAUACUCAGCCAGUCUAGGAAUCCUCACUAAAGCAGAAAGAUUUCCACUCAAAGUGCCAAUGAUGUAUCAACAGGAAGGUUAAUGUUGAAAACGCAAUCAGGUGUGGAUUGGUGCUACUUUAAACAAAAGGUCCCACUGUGGUCUUUCGUUCAAUAUUGUACAAUUUAGAAUCCUGUCCGACACUAAUUUAUUUUGUCUUGAGUUUUAUUAUGAGAUGAGACUGCGGAUCCGGUAUGCCUGAAUUCACUAACGCCAAGGGUUUGUAAGGCACGCUGCUCUUUUAAGACUUCUAGGGCCUUCUCAUUGGCACACCUGCGGCUCAUUACAACUUGUAGGAUAGCAUUCGAUGUGGAUUUCCACUCUCCAUUUCUCCAUGUUCAAGUGAAAGAUUUAGGCACUACGUACAAUUGGUAAAGAAAAAUCAUUUUCUUAAGAGUUAUAACUAUAUGUAAACAUUGUAUAAUGGUAUGGAAUAAAAUGCACAUUGUAGGACAUUUUCUAAA